UUUGAUAAAGCGAACAGAGAAAACAAAGUGGUCACUUAGUGCGGUUGAUUAACGGCAGCAGGAUGCUGAUGAAGGCGUUGCUGCUGGUCCUGUGCUAUCAGCAGGUGAUGGGAGAAUGUCCCCGAAUUCCCAGUAUCUACCAAUCGCGCCACGACAAAACGCCAGGUGAUAAUGGAUACAAGAUCCAGAUCAAUGAUAAUCCUGCCAAAUAUGUACCUGGACAACUAUACACUUUGCUCCUGAUGGGGCCGACUGUGUUGGGCAGAGUCCAGCAGUUCCAGCGCUUCAUUGUAAACGUGGAAUCCACCGAACAUCCGGAGAAUAUUUCUCCACAAAAUGUCGGCAGCUUUCAACUGUACGGCGACAAUCACACGACGUUCAAUGAAGAGUGCGUUAACACGAUUUCCGAAAAAAAUGCCAACCUCAAAACUGAGACUUAUUUUAUGUGGGCGGCGCCCCCGCCGGGCUCUGGAUGCGUUACUUUCAGGGCCAUGGUGUUGGAGAAUGCGGAGCGCUGGUUUGCGGACGAUGGCCGUCUGAGCAAAACAUUCUGCGAGCAAACUGAUAAAGACAUCAAGUUCGAUGAGAACGAUUGCUGUGCCUGCGAAGAAGCCAAAUACAGUAUGAUCUUCGAAGGGCUUUGGUCCAAACAGACUCAUCCGAAGGACUUUCCGUUCUCAUUGUGGCUGACGCAUUUUUCGGACAUAAUUGGGGCGUCGCAUGAAAGGAACUUCACUUUUUGGGGAGUGGACCAAAUUGCAUCUGAAG